AUGUCAUCUGCAACUACUUUGAUCGAUGCCAUACAAACUUUGUCCUGUAUAAACUUACAAGAUGAUGGUUGGAUUGACAGCAUUCUUGAUGAAUGCCAACCCCGCAAGAGGGUCAAGCCUGACGAUGGCGAACUUCACAAGCAAACUCAGACGGAUUUUCUUGCGCCUUCUCAUGUAUUCUCUACGAAAUGGUUAAAUCAGCUUCAGCAGCGUUGGGAUGACCCUCCCGAGUAUGUCUCUUUUAUGGGACUUGCUCCUACAAUGUCCCGAAACAUUAUACGGUUCACUCGCGAAGGUCUCGAGGGACGUGUGACAGGAUAUAGAGAGGUCACUGUUCCAGCCCACUCAAUCACAGCCAAAAACUCUACAUCCCUUCUGCGAAAACCUGCCUCUAAAGCCGAUUUUGUGAGAGGCAAAGCUGGUUUCUUUCCGUUCAGCCCUGGGGGGAUUGAUAUUGGAACUGCAAAUGAGAGGCCCGAGGAGCUAGAAUUACAAGAGUCCUUGGUAGAAGAAAGAAUUGGCAAAGAUGGAUUACUAAAAGUUGCACCAGGAAUGUCCAGGGGUCUCAAACUAAGAAAGGAUAACGUCGAAGAGGAUGAAGAAGCGGAAGAUGUCGAAGAAAAAGUAGACAUGGAAGAAGAGGGCUUCAAAUUCGGUGAUGUUGCUCCAAAAAGAAGACAUAAAGAAGAGACCGGGGGUGCUACCAUAAAGAAAGCCGAGAAACCUUUGGCAGAAUUGGACAGUAUCGAUGAUUUAUUACCAAUUGAGUUUCCCAUGCUUGCACCAAAGGGAAACUUGCCUUUGGCAGUGACAAGGCCAAAGGCCAAAGAAUGGGCACAUAUGGUCGAUGUGAACAAAGAAAUCACCAAUUUUCACGAGCUUGUACCAAAUAUGGCAAAAGAAUGGCCAUUUGAGUUGGAUACUUUUCAAAAGGAGGCUGUUUAUCAUUUAGAAAACGGUGAUUCGGUCUUUGUAGCUGCACAUACAUCUGCAGGGAAGACAGUUGUUGCCGAGUAUGCUAUUGCUCUUGCUACAAAACAUAUGACGAAGGCUAUAUACACCUCACCCAUUAAAGCUUUGAGCAAUCAAAAAUUUCGCGACUUUAGAAAAGUAUUUGAUGAUGUUGGAAUCUUAACCGGCGAUGUUCAAAUCAAUCCAGAAGCAAGUUGUUUGAUUAUGACCACCGAGAUCUUAAGAAGCAUGCUGUACAGGGGUGCAGAUAUCAUCCGGGAUGUGGAAUUUGUUAUUUUUGAUGAGGUCCACUAUGUCAACGAUCUUGAGAGAGGGGUGGUUUGGGAGGAGGUAAUAAUAAUGCUUCCAGACCAUGUAAAUCUGAUUUUGCUAUCGGCAACAGUCCCAAAUACCAAAGAAUUCGCAAGUUGGGUUGGAAGAACGAAGAAAAAGGAUAUUUACGUUAUUUCAACUCCAAAAAGGCCAGUACCUCUAGAACAUUACCUUUGGGCCAAUAAAGCGAUGUACAAAAUCGUCAGCGCCGACAAAAAAUUCCUGAUGCAAGGUUGGAAAGAUGCGAAUAAUGCGUUAUCGAGGAAGAAAGACCCAUCGCCAGCUCAAGCACCCACGGGUAAUCAACGUGGGGGUGGCAAUCAGCGUGGAGGCCCAAAUCAGCGUGGAGGCCCAAAUCAACGGGGAGGUCGUGGAGGGACACAGCAACGCGGCCAAAGCAGCGGAACCGUAGCCAGGGGUGGGAGGGGAGGUCGUAAUACAGCUGCUCAAGACAAGAACAUUUGGGUUCACCUCGUACAACACUUGAAAAAAGAAGAGCUCUUACCAGCUUGCAUUUUUGUUUUCUCGAAAAAGAGAUGCGAGGAGAAUGCUGACGCCUUGAGCAAUAUAGAUUACUGCAAUCAAACUGAGAAGAGUGCCAUCCACAUGAUCAUUGAGAAGAGUAUUGCAAGAUUGAAGCCUGAGGAUCGACAACUACCACAAAUAAGGAGAAUGAGGGAGCUUUUGGCUCGGGGAUUAGCUGUACAUCAUGGAGGAUUGUUGCCAAUCGUUAAGGAAAUUGUUGAAAUUCUAUUCGCGAAAACACUAGUCAAAGUAUUGUUCGCGACAGAAACAUUUGCCAUGGGACUCAACCUUCCUACACGUACUGUGGUAUUUUCGGGAUACCGGAAACACGAUGGGAAGCAAUUCCGUGAUCUUCUUCCUGGGGAAUAUAUUCAAAUGGCUGGUCGAGCUGGUCGUCGAGGAUUGGACCCGCAGGGAACUGUUAUCAUAGUUUCUCCGAUGGAUGAAGCGCCGGCUUACCCUACGCUAAAUCACAUGAUCCUCGGUGACCCAACGAAAUUGCAAAGUCAAUUCCGCUUGACAUACAACAUGAUCCUCAACCUUCUUCGUGUUGAAGCUUUAAAGAUAGAAGAAAUGAUUAAGCGGAGCUUCAGUGAGAACACGACGCAAACGAUGAUGCCCGAACAUGAACGGCAGGUUGCCUUGUCUGAAGAGGGGUUGAAAAAAUUGAAAAAGGAAGACUGUGAAAUCUGUAGCGUUGAUCUUGAGGCUUGUCAUAAUGCUUGCAUCAGACUAAAGGUUUUGUCGGGAGAUGUAUUACUGAGGUCAUUAGCGACUACCCAUGGUAGGCGAUUGUUCACUCCUGGACGACUAAUUGUCAUACAAGAAGAAAAUGGGCCUAGGACUAUUGGCGUACUCCUAAACGAUGGAAUACUCCAGGGCACCCGCCCUCUGCUCCAAGUACUGUGGCUUAAACCUGACACCAACAAAAAGUCCUCUAGUGAUUUGGUUCCGUUUCCGGCCUGCCCGUCCCUGAAUUUACCCAACACUCCCCCAAAAGAGUGGAAACUUAGAGAGUUCAUCAUUCCGGUAUUCAGUAUUGAGUGGGUUUCAAAAACUAUAAUAAAAUUUGAUUCCCAGGCAGUUCGUCGUGGAGACAAGUUAGCAAUCGCAGGAUUACAGGCGCAGCUCCUAGAUUUGCUUGGGGAUUGGAAAAGACCAGAAUGGAUCGAAGGCGAUUGGAGUAAGAUUAAUGAUAUGACUUUCAUUGAGCUUCGUCAGUCUAAGCAACAGGAGACUGCAACUAUAUUGAACUGUACAUGUCUUUCGUGUCCUAACUUUGUUACCCACUUUGCUAUGCGACAUGAAGAAUUUUUACUUCAGGAUAAUAUUUCCAAGCUGAAACAAUUGAUAUCUGAUCAGAACUUGCAACUUUUACCCGAUUAUGGGCAACGAGUUUCAGUCUUGAAAGAAUUGGGAUUUAUCGAUGACAACCAAAAUGUUCUACUAAAAGGACGGGUAGCCUGCGAGGUCAAUUCAACAAGUGAGCUCGUCUUGACAGAAUUAGUCCUGGAAAAUGUUCUCGCGGAAUACGAACCCGAGGAAAUCGUCGCCCUCCUCUCUGCUUUCGUAUUUAGCGAAAAGACAGACGUUAUACCAACAAUCACACCUAAGCUUGAAAAAGGCAAGGCUAGAAUAAUCGAAAUCGCGAAAAAGGUCAACUCGAUUCAAAUACAACAUCAAGUAUUGAUAAACGCGGAGAGUGAUGACUUUGAAGCAAGACCGCGCUUCGCUCUUAUGGAAGUAGUUUAUGAAUGGGCAAAGGGAAUGUCAUUCAAUCAAAUAACUGAGCUCACAGAUGUCCUUGAGGGAACUAUUGUUAGAGUGAUCACCAGAUUAGAUGAGACAUGUAGAGAGGUUAAAAACUCGGCGAGGAUAAUAGGUGAUCCAUCACUUUUUGCAAAGAUGCAGGAAUGUCAGGAGUUGAUUAAGAGGGAUGUUUGCCAUUGCGCUUCGCUUUACUUGUAA